CCUAGCGGCACACAGCCUCGUUGUGCCGCCAUGGCCGCCGCCCCCACGAAUCCCGCGCUGAAGCCCAUCUCCAUCGUGGCGAGCGGCGCCAAGGAGACCACCGAGGAGGUGUACCGGGCGAAGACGCAGCUGGAGUACAUCCUGCUGCGCCCGGACACCCACGUCGGAUCGGUCGCGAAGCACACGCAGAUGAUCUGUGUUUACGAGGAAGGUGGCAUGGUGGAACGGCGUGUCACCUACGUCCCCGCCCUCUAUAAGAUCUUCGACGAGAUCCUCGUCAACGCCGCCGACAACAAGCGGCGCGACCCCUCUAUGGACUCCCUCCGGGUCGACAUCGACGUCGAGGGCGGCUGUAUCUCUGUCUACAACAACGGAGAGGGCAUACCCGUUGAGAUCGACCAGGAGGAGGGCGUCUACCUGCCUGAGGUGUUCUUCGGCCAUCUCAUCUCUAGCAGGGACUACUAUGGCAACGAGCGGAAGACCACCGGCAGGCGGAAUGGCUACGGCGUGAAACUCACCAACAUCUUCUCGAGGGAGUACGUCAUCGAGAUCGCUGAUGGGCGCCGGCAGAAGAAGUACAAGCAGGUUUUCUAUGAAAACAUGGGGAAGAAGUCAGAGCCUGAGAUUAAAAAGUGCGAGCAGUCUGAGAACUGGACCAGAGUUACCUUCAAGCCUGAUCUUGCCAAGUUCAACAUGACCGAGCUCGACAAUGAUGUUGUGGCACUCAUGAGGAAGAGAGUAGUCGAUAUGGCGGGCACCCUUGGCAAAACCGUGAAGGUUGAGUUGAAUGGUCAGAAGGUAGCAGCAAAAAGCUUCUCCGACUACGUGCAACUCUAUACUUACCCUGCUUCCAAAGAAGGACCCGAUCUACCAAGAAUCUACCAGAAGGUAAAUGAUCACUGGGAGGUGUGUGUGAGUCUAAGUGAAGGCCAGUUUCAGCAGGUCAUUUUUGUAAAUGGAAUUGCGACCAUAAGAGGUGGAACUCAUGUUGACUAUGUUGCAGACCAAAUCGCCAACUAUUUGAGGGGCAUUGUAAACAGGAAAAACAAGCACGCUAACAUGAAUUUGGAUACUGCAAAUCGCUACCUAUGGGUAUUUGUUAAUGCUCUCAUUGAAGACCCUGCCUUUGAUUCACCGACCAAAGAGACCUUGAUCACUCGUCAGGGGAAGUUUGGGUCCAAGUGUGAGCUCUCCGAAGUUUUUCUUAAGAAGGUCGCUUGCUCUGGUGUUGUCACCAAUCUCUGUUUUUUGGCCGAGUCUAAACUAAGCAAGGACGACAAUCUGGAUUCUCUCCCACAUUCAUCUACUCCUAUGCAACAUGAUAGAGAAACCAAGAAACGUGACCAUGACGAUGUGUUCCUUGAGCGAUACCUAAAACUGAAGCUGGAAGAAAUUGAUCAGUUUGCUGCAAUUGAGGAGAGGAAGCUGGAGCAUCCAUGCAGCAUUACCAAGUGUAUCACAACAAUCGAAAAGUUACAAGGUCUGCAAGUAGGUGAUAUUUUAGUGGCAGCAGAUAUCUUCAAAAGUAAGAAGAAUAGGGAACUUUUCUUAUCCUUCUCUACAGAUGCUCUUCGGUUGGCUUGGGUUAAAAGGGAGAUUGUGCGCAGCCAAUUGCGGUCACGCAUUAGUGAAGCUUUUAUCCAGUAGGUAGCAAUACUUUUGGUCUGUUUAAUCAGUCGUAGUGGCCCAGAUGGCAAAUAUUUAUUUUGGUAGUACCUAGAUGGCGGAACUUUCAUUGUGGUGGCUUCAUAUGUAAGAUUCAUAUAUCAUGUCAAGGCGUGAGAAAAUAAUUUACAUCAACAAAUAAUGUGUCAAGUAAUGGUAAUGAACUUGCAUCUCA